AUGGUACGCGUCAAGUAUCGCUAUCUGGUGGUAAACUUCCUCUAUCCAGAGCCCGUUGCGAAGAGCAAGACGCCGCUUCCCGAUCUCGUACAGAUUCACGCGCCCACGCCUGAUGCUUUCCAUGCCGGCACGCUCAUGCGCUUGAUACGCGAAGGCGUCGAAGAUCUAUACGGCGACUAUGGUGCGGGCAUGGUCUCUACCGGACUCAAAGUUAACUACUGGUCUCCCUCUACGUCCACCGCGAUCAUCCGCUGUCCCCGCGACCACUACGAGAUGGUCUGGGCCGCACUCACAUACACCACGCGUCUACCCAAGCCCGCAGAUCUACCAGUCGUCAUGAGGGUCGUACGUGUGAGCGGGACCAUCAAGAAGGCGGAAGAGGAGGUAAUUCGGCGGUCGCAGCUCAUCAUCAAGAGGGCAAGGGCUGCAGAGACGAAGACUCCCAUGCUAGAGAGUGUGGAGAAGGUUGCAGACGAAGCGAGGAAGAGCGAGAACAACAUCUUGGCGCAGGUCGAUGCGGGCAGCGAGGAUGACGAUGAGGACAUGAGUGAAUGA